GGAUAUCGGGGAUAAAACAGAGAAGCGGAAAAAGUGUAUGAAAUUGAAACUGCUAUAUGAGAGAGAGAAAUUAAAAGAGUUCAUUCAAUACUUCUUGUUUGUUUCCUCUUCAGCACUUGUUUAUAUGUUCAAUCACCCACCACCCUCAACGAUCACACCUUUCAAGCAAGAAAUUCUCAUAUUUCCAAAAUGGAAUUUCAGAAGCAUCAUGAGGAAGCUGAGCUUGGGCUACCCACAGCAGUAGCAGCAACGAGCUAUGAAGAGUUUGGAAUGCCACUGAAUCACGGCGAACAAGAGCCAGUGGUGGAAGUGGUACCAAUGGCGGUGCCAAUGGCGGUUCCAGUGGCACCACCCACCAACAUUGUGGCCCAAAACAGUGGCAAGGGAAAGUACCAAGAAUGCCUCAAGAACCACAGUGUCUCAAUCGGCAAACACAUUAUCGACGGCUGCAUCGAGUUCCUGCCGGGGGGUGAGGAGGGCACCCUGGAAGCGCUAAAAUGCGUUGUGUGCAGCUGCCACCGAAACUUCCAUCGUAAGGAGACCCACGACACCUACUCAAUGCCCUUCCACCACCACCACCCACCGUUGCCACCCCCAGUGCCAUUUGCAGCUUACUAUCGUGCCCCGCCGGGGUACCCACACAUGACGGGGCACCAACGUGCCAUGCUGGCACACCCGUCCUUGUCAAGAGGAGGUGGGCCCCAGCCCCCCUUGGAAGACCUGGAGGACUCAGACCCUACGAGUGGUGCCACCACUCAUGAUGGGUCUGGGUCGAGCAGCAAAAAACGCUUCAGGACCAAAUUUACCCAGCAUCAGAAAGACAAGAUGUUGGUCUUCGCUGAGAAACUCGGGUGGAGGAUGCAAAAGAAUGAUGACAGCAUCGUGCAAGAGUUUUGCUCCGAAAUCGGUGUUCAACGUCAUGUGCUAAAGGUGUGGAUGCAUAAUAACAAGCACACCUUAGUUACCAUAACAAUAAUAACAGCCAUCAUUCCAAGCUAGAAGCUCAACGUUGAAGCCUGGGAGAUUGCGUUGCUGAAUGUCUAAUAAGUCUGCUCAUGCUAGCUGGUCAAGACAUUAGUUCUUAGGGUUUUUUUUUCUCUUUAUGUUCACCUUGUUUAAUUUUAAUUUCUUAGGACAUGGGAGAAGGGUGGGGGUAUUUUCGGUAAUCCAUUUGGUUAUGUUGGUUGGUAUAAUGUUUGAGGAUCCAUGAUUCUAAUUCCAACAACAUUGUUGUUGGUGAAUUGGUUUACUUAGUUCUGAAUAUCAAUCGACGGUGUUUGUUAUUCUUA